CAGAGAGAGAGAGAGAGAGUAGAAGGGCAAAAAUACAGAAAAGGGAGAGAGAAAGCAGCAUAUAUAGGUCCUUUCUAUUGCUCCCGAAGAGCAUGGAGAGAAGGCUGGCAGAGAGGUUUUGCGUCUCUUUGCUCUCUAUAAAACCCUAAUAUCGAUCUUCUCAUUUCUUUUUCUUCUUCUUCUUCGUUGCUAAUUCCUGCUUUCAUUUCCCACUUCGUCAAUCAGCCGAUCAAUCUAGUGUUAAUCUACAAUUCCGUUUCGAUCAUUAUAACGAUCUAUUCAGUUCCCUGGAAAAAGGUUCAAUUUUUAUUCAUAAACCUUCUGUGUAAAUUUGGAGUUAACCAUUUAAUUUCCUUGUUCAAACGAUUCGUGGAAGAAGGAGUAUCUUUGCUCUUCUCUUUUAGGGUUUUAGGAUCUUUCGUUGUGCUGUCUGCAUUUGAGGAUUUUGGUUCCUGGGGCCGAGUUGGGUUAUCAAGGCUGGCGGGCUUCAAGGUCCAGUAAUGGCGGAUCCGCCUGGGUUCCGCCCCAACUGUGGUUUCGAAGCGAAGGAGGUUUUAGCUUUAGUAUUUGGGUCUGAAUAUCGCCUCGGAGUGGAAUUCUGGCAGUGGAAAGCAUGCUGAGCGUGCUUCGAGUUCAUCUCCCGUCCGACAUUCCGAUCGUGGGCUGCGAGCUUACGCCGUACGUGCUCUUGCGGCGACCGGAUGGAUCCAUUGGCACCGAUGAUGUCCCUGAGUCUGCUCCUCUUGAUGGGUUCUACUUGAGAUACAAGUGGUAUCGUAUACAAAGUGAUAGAAGAGUUGCUGUUUGCAGCAUACAUCCCUCUGAACAAGCAACACUGCAAUGUAUGGGUUGUGUUAAAGCAAAAAUACCUGUUGCCAAAAGUUACCACUGCUCCCCUAGGUGCUUUUCAGAUGCAUGGCAACAUCAUCGUGUUCUACAUGAUCGUGCGGCUAGUGCUGUAAAUGAAAAUGGUGCAGAGGAGGAAGAGUUAUUUGGACGUUUUAAUAAUGCAGGGUCUGGAGUUGCCAAUACUACUUUAUCUGGUUCAACCUCAAGCAUAGGACAGAGUGCAAACUUGAAUAACGGCUCUGCCCCUGUAUAUCCUGCAGUCAUUACGGAAAAGAAUGGUGGUGAAACAUGGUUUGAAGUUGGGCGUUCUAAAACAUAUACUCCAACAGCAGAUGAUAUUGGUCAUGUUCUUAAGUUCGAAUGUGUAGCAGUAGAUGCAGAAUCUAAAUUACCUGUGGGACAUGUUAGUACCAUUACUACAUCCCGCGUCAUUCCAGCUCCAUCUCCUACCCCCCGACGCUUGGUACCAGUCAGUGGAGUUGAUGUAAUGGGACAUUUGGAUUCAGAUGGCCGUAUUUCAUCCGCAGGAACAUUUACUGUGCUAUCGUAUAACAUUCUUUCUGAUGCAUAUGCCACAAGUGAGUCAUACAGUUAUUGCCCUACAUGGGCUCUUUCUUGGCAAUAUCGCAGACAGAAUUUGUUGCGAGAGAUUGUGGGCUAUCGUGCAGACAUCCUUUGUCUUCAAGAGGUUCAGAGUGACCACUAUGAGGAAUUUUUUGCCCCUGAGCUGGACAAACAUGGCUACCAAGCCCUCUACAAGAAAAAGACAGCAGAGGUUUACAAUGGAUCUCCCUAUUCAAUUGAUGGUUGUGCAACAUUUUUCCGCAGGGAUAGGUUUUCACAUGUCAAAAAAUACGAGGUUGAAUUUAAUAAGGCUGCACAAUCUUUGACUGAUGCAGUAGUUCCAAGUGCUCAGAAGAAAACUGCUCUGAAUCGAUUGCUUAAGGAUAAUGUUGCGCUAAUAGUUGUUCUGGAGGCAAAGUUCAUUGCUGAUAAACGACAGCUUUUUUGUGUGGCAAAUACACAUGUAAAUGUUCACCCAGAUCUCAAGGAUGUCAAGCUCUGGCAGGUACAUACUCUUUUGAAAGGAUUGGAGAAAAUAGCUGUGAGUGCUGACAUUCCAAUGAUAGUCUGUGGAGAUUUUAAUUCAAUUCCUGGAAGUGCUCCUCAUGCACUUCUCGCAAUGGGGAAGGUUGAUCCCAUGCAUCCGGAUUUAGCAGUAGACCCCCUCGGAAUCCUGCGUCCUGCAAGCAAGUUAACUCAUCAACUCCCACUGGUCAGUGCAUACUCAUCCUUUGCAAGAAUGGGUGUUGGUAUUGCUUUAGAGCAACAACGGAGGAGAAUGGAUCCUACAACAAAUGAGCCUUUAUUUACAAAUUGUACAAGAGAUUUUAUUGGCACUCUUGAUUACAUAUUUUAUACAGCGGACUCCCUAACAGUAGAAUCCUUAUUGGAGCUCUUGGAUGAAGAGAGCUUGCGGAAAGAAACAGCACUUCCCUCUCCUGAAUGGUCCUCUGAUCAUAUAGCACUCUUAGCUGAAUUCCGCUGUAARCCUAGGACAAGACGUUGACAUUACAGGCCUCUAGACUGAUGCACAAAGACAAAUGCCGCUGGAUGAAGAUCAAUUCAAUUCUCUAAGUUAUUCAGAGGAGGGUCGAUCAUGGUGCCUUUAUUCUUCUCCAGCUGUUCCAACGUGCAACCUUAUCAUGAUCUAUUUGUAUUAUGCAUCUGUUUCAUAGAAAAGUUAUGAAUACGUCUUUAUUCAAAUUUUUGGGCCUCUUAAAUAUAAAUUUCAAUUCUGAAAUUUUCAGCAGCCAAUAUGUUUGGUUUUCCUCCUUGUUCAUUUUCAUGGUGGAAUGGGUUCUGAUGCUGCACAUAUGGAAAAAAAAAAAUAAAGCUCAUUCUACAAUGUUGCAUAA